AUGAUAAGGACGGAGUGGAUGGUAUUGACUAGUGACAUCAUGACCGAGAGUUGUGAUAAUCCAGGAGGAUCUAGUAAAAAGGCAAAUCGAGAGUUAGCCAGUGACAACCACAUGAAGAAUAGCAAGGGAGGAAUGAAAAAUAAUAACCUUGCGGAGAUAAGAGAACUAAGAACUGAUUCCCAAAAUGAUGAAGACAAAGUAAUGAGGGUACUGACCGCUGACACCACGAUUGUAAGCUGUGAUGGUUCAGGAGGAUCGUGUAGAGGAGAAAAUCAAGAAUUAGUAAUUGGUAAUAAGAGGUACUGUAAUGCAAAUGGACUUAUCAAUGGGAGACCUGAUACAAGUGGAGGUGGAUUGGGAUGUUACGAGAAUGAAGAGACGAUAACUGAUGACUCUCCUGAUAAGGGUAAAACGGAGGAUGAAAUGAAGAAAGGGAUGGUGGUGAUUAAUGCAAGGAAAUUAUGA